AUGACUACAAUGGAUUUUCUAGAACCAAAAUCUCUUUUUAGACCGACUCAUUGGAGUAAGGAAGUGGAAAACGCUUAUCGAUUUCAAUUAGCCGGCUAUCGCGAUGAAACAGAAUAUAAAGCAUUACGUAACGUAGCACAAAUUCUUGCAGAAAAUCGAACGACUAUGGCCCAUUCGCGUAAAAAUUUAGGAAAUCCACAAAAUCAACUGGAGCAAACGGCUGCUGAUUAUUUACGAACACAUCGCAUUCAUGAUCUGUUCAAUAAUAUUUCAGCAUCAUUGGUCUAUAAUAAACCAGAGGAUCCUAAAGAAUUUAUGAUCGAUUUUUUAGAAAAAUUGAAAAAAGCACAAUCGUCCGGUUUUGCUCAUCCAAGUUUGAUACAGGAUAAUGAUAUUAAUUCUAUUUUUCGAAUGUUAGAUCCAGUAGGAAGAGGAUAUGUUAGUUACGCACAAUAUGCUUCUGCCUUAGAAGCACUGGGCAUUACUCAGUAUAAUCAGACACCAACUGGUAUAAAAGAUGAUCGAAUAAGUCAAGAAGUAUUUUGUCGAGAAGCGUAA